CACGUCCGCGCGGGGUCCGGGCCACGCACGCGGCUCCAUCGCCAUCCCCAGCCGGGCCAGGCGCGCAGGCAGGCGAGUGCAUCGGGGCGGCCGGAGAGCACCAGCAGGCACCAUGUGGAUCCAGGUUCGCACCAUGGACGGGAAGGUGACCCACACCGUGGACUCGCUGUCCCGGCUGACCAAGGUAGAGGAGCUGAGGAGGAAGAUCCAGGAGCUGUUUCACGUGGAGCCCGGCCUGCAGAGGCUGUUCUACAGGGGCAAGCAGAUGGAGGACGGCCACACCCUCUUCGACUACGACGUUCGCCUCAACGACACCAUCCAGCUCCUGGUCCGGCAGAGCCUCGUGCUCCCGCCCAGCGGCGGCGGCAGCAAGGAGCGGGACUCCGAGCUCUCCGACACGGACUCCGGCUGCUGCCUGGGCCAGAGCGAAUCAGACAAGUCCUCCAACAGCGGCGAGGCGGACGCGAAGGCGAGCUUGGCGGACGAGGACGCGUGGGACGAGACCGAGCUGGGCCUCUACAAGGUCAACGAGUACGUCGAUGCUCGGGACACCAACAUGGGGGCGUGGUUCGAGGCGCAGAUUGUCAGGGUGACGAGGAAGGCGCCGUCCCAGGACGAGCCCUGCAGCUCCACCGCCAGCUCGACGCCGGAAGAAGACGUGGUUUAUCACGUGAAAUACGACGACUACCCGGAGAACGGAGUGGUCCAGAUGAGCCCCCGGGACGUCCGGGCUCGCGCCCGCACCGUCCUCAAGUGGCAGGAGCUGGAGACGGGCCAGGUGGUCAUGCUUAACUACAAUCCCGACAACCCCAAGGAGCGAGGCUUCUGGUACGACGCGGAGAUCGUGCGGAAGCGUGAGACGCGGACGGUGCGGGAGCUGUACGCCAACGUCCGGCUCGGGGAUAAUUCUCUCAACGACUGUCGGAUCAUCUUCGUGGACGAAGUUUUCAAGAUCGAGCGCCCGGGCGAGGGGAGCCCCGUGGUCGACAACCCGCUGAGAAGGAAGAGCGGGCCCUCCUGUAAACACUGCAAGGACGAUGAGAGCAAGACGUGCCGGGUGUGCGCCUGUCACCUGUGCGGGGGCAAGCAGGACCCCGAUAAGCAGCUCCUGUGUGACGAGUGCGACAUGGCCUUCCACAUAUACUGCCUCUGCCCGCCCCUCAGCAGCAUCCCCAAGGAGGACGAGUGGUACUGCCCCGAGUGUCGGAAUGACGCCAGCGAGGUGGUGCUGGCGGGAGAGAAGCUGAAAGAGAGUAAGAAGAAGGCGAAGAUGGCGUCGGCCACAUCGUCCUCACAGCGGGACUGGGGCAAGGGCAUGGCGUGCGUGGGGCGCACCAAGGAGUGCACCAUCGUCCCGUCCAACCACUACGGACCCAUCCCCGGGAUCCCUGUGGGCACCAUGUGGAGGUUCCGAGUCCAGGUCAGCGAGUCGGGGGUCCAUCGGCCUCACGUGGCGGGCAUCCACGGCCGGAGCAACGACGGGGCGUACUCCCUGGUCCUGGCCGGGGGCUAUGAGGACGACGUGGACAACGGGAAUUCUUUCACCUACACAGGUAGUGGUGGUCGAGAUCUUUCCGGCAACAAGCGGACUGCGGAACAGUCUUGUGAUCAGAAGCUCACCAACACCAACAGGGCGCUGGCUCUCAACUGCAGUGCCCCCAUCAACGACCGCAAAGGGGCCGAGGCCAAGGACUGGCGGUCGGGGAAGCCGGUGCGCGUGGUGCGCAACGUGAAGGGCCGGAAGCACAGCAAGUACGCGCCCACCGAGGGCAACCGCUACGACGGCAUCUACAAGGUCGUGCGGUACUGGCCGGAGAAGGGGAAGUCCGGCUUCCUGGUGUGGCGCUACCUCCUGCGGAGGGACGACACGGAGCCCGGGCCCUGGACCAGGGAGGGCAAGGACCGGAUCAAGAAGCUAGGGCUCACCAUGCAGUACCCGGAGGGCUACCUGGAGGCGCUGGCCCGGAAGGAGAAGGACAACAGCAAGCAGGAGGCGGGGGUGGAGGAGCCGCCGGAGGAGGAGGAGGGCUUCACGUCCCCCCGGAAGGGCAAGCGGAAGAGCAAGUCGGCAGGUGGCAAGAACGGCGCCGGGUCCCCGCGAGGCACCCCCAAGAAAACCAGGGUGGAGCCCUACAGCCUCACGGCCCAGCAGAACAGCCUCAUCAAGGAAGACAGGAGCAACGCGAAGCUGUGGGCUGAGAUCCUGAAGGCCCUCAAAGACGGCCCGUUUCAGAAAUUCCUGAGUAAGGUGGAGGAGACCUUCCAGUGUAUUUGCUGCCAGGAGCUGGUGUUCCGCCCGAUCACGACCGUGUGCCAGCACAACGUGUGCAAGGAUUGUCUGGACCGAUCCUUCAAGGCCCAAGUGUUUAGCUGCCCUGCCUGCCGCUACGACUUGGGCCGCAGCUACACCAUGCAGGUGAACCAGCCGCUGCAGGCCGUCCUCAACCAGCUCUUCCCCGGCUACGGCAACGGACGGUGAUCUUCAAGCACUUCUCGCUGGGCGUUUUCUUAAAACGUAUCCCAGGGGUCUUCGGCCACGAUUCUGUUUUUAGUGGGCUUAACUUAAACAUGUAGUUUUCCUCCACUCCCUAAAAAGCCUUGUCUUCCUGGUUUUUUUUUUUUUUUUUAAUCUAUAAGUCUCUCGGAAUUUGUAUUACGGCUCAAAGAAAGAAAGUUGGGACUCCUCCGGGUUUGAUUUUGAAGAAAUACGAAGCCUGCAGUUUAUCAGCAAUAAACAACAAAACAUUUCUGUUUCUGGAGAUGGAAUCAGCCACGACUUGACACGAAGGCUGCUGAGGUUCUCAGCAUCAAGUUCUCAAAAGUUCCGGCCGCCGACUAGCGAGAGGGCGUCCGGCUGCCUAGAACAAUCUUUUCAAGGUUUGUGGGUUUGGCCCUCAAAGGUGCCAGUGCGCACACCUUCCUGGCAGCUUAAUAUCGCCUAAAACCCAGUGAGCUGCUGCCUGGUGGUGGCAUUCUGGUGCUCUGGUCCCCCCGCCAUCCAUCAGCAAUGUGUCAAAAGGAAAAGGGGAACAAUUGUGUGCAGCUCAGUUAAAACUCUGGCCUCAAAGGCACCGCCACCGGUCUGCUCUCAUGUCAGAGACCCGUCCGCGGAGCCCGGGUCCCUGGUGCCUGUGAGCAGAGUUGAGGCCAUCCAGAAACUACCUCCGCUGGACUCGCAUCUCCGUGGGGCCGGGUGUGCAGCCUCGCGCUGUCCCAUCUGGAACGCCACGGAAGCAGACACACGAAGCCAUGUCCAAGUGCCUUUGGUUCUUUCUUUCUUUCUAAACACGGGGCUCUUUUUUAGCACUGAAUUGUCGAAAAUGCUAGCCACAUUCUCAAACUGUGGUCAGCCAGUUCUCCCCGACCCCGGGUGAGUGUCUGACUUCUCUUCAGCCUUAAUUGAAUUUGCAACCCGCCAAUGGAGAAGAACGAGGAAUUUUUUUUUUUUUUUUUUAUUAAAUAAACACUUUUGCAAGAUGAAAUUUUUUUGUAGUUACUGUAUAUGUACUGAGAAAGCUAUAACUUAGGGUUUCGUUUUGUUCUUUGUUUUUUUUUUUUUUUUGUAAUUUUUCGGAAUGAUUUGUUAAUUUCUCUAACUUGACCAAAGUUGGCAGCCAUACCUCAAUAGAACAGGAAUAUUUUCAAAUCCCAUCACUGCAGACAAACUGGAGCAAUAUGGUUUUACAAGGUUUUUUUUUUUUUUUUCGUUUUUCCUCCUUAUUAUUAGGUCGUUAAUGGAUUAGGAAGAAACAACAGGAUUCUGUGUAGGCUUUUUCUAGAAAGUUCGAUGUUCUUUGUCCCGAUUUUAGGCUCAGAAUAAAUGUCUUUUACAAAUGCA